AUGUCAGGUCAAGGCUACUACGGUCAAUCUGCUGGCGGCCAGCACUUCCAGACCAACAACCCAUUGCAGCAGAGCCACGAAGCUGCGAACCCAUGGCAAGAUCAGCCCACAGGCGAAGCUCCCUCGACGUAUCAAGGACACUCUGCGCCUUCGGGUCCACCACCAGCGAACGCAUGGCAGGAUCAACCAUCAUCUGGCGCACCUCACUCGACGUACCAAGGACACUCUGCGCCUUCAGGUCCACCGCCAGGCCAGCAACCUCUUGGACCAGGUCUGGCGCGAUCCGACACAUUCAAGGAGUCUGACUUCGUGCCCGAGUCCGAGCGUGGCGAGCAGCGCGAAACUCUGGAGCAAUUUGACAUGAGCAAACCUCAGACCGACGAAGACCGCGACUUGGAGACGCUGCAGAGGGAGUUCCCAAGUGUGGACGGGAGUCUCGUCGCGGCGUUGUAUGGCGACUCCAAGAGGGUUGUGGCUACGAGGACUCUACCUCCCACAGAGUCAUUCAAACACUUCAUGAUUCAGGGUAGUGACUUCACCAAGGGCGAUGGCACGGGCGGGAAGAGCAUCUACGGCGCCAAGUCCCGAGACGAGAACUUGGACUAG